GCAAGAGCAGUUCAUUCUUUAUGUCUGUGUACUCUCCUGUUCUUGCAGGAAGGGAAGAGCAUGUUUGAGCAGGAACUCUACCACAGCUUCUCCAUCAGCUGCCCCAGGCCGUACUUCAUCACCUUCGCAGGAGACAGCUGCCAAGUGGGCCUGAACUUUGCCAGUGAAGAAGAAGCCAAACGUUUCAGGGUGACUGUCAGCGACUUGCUCAACCGGAGGCAGCGGAAGUCGGAGAAAAGAGGCGACCUGAGAAAUGGUCCAGCUCUGCCCAUGGCCACGGUGGACAUCAAGAAUCCAGAGAUCAGCAACAUCAGAGUCCAGAACUCCCACAGCCACCAUCAGCCUUACCACCUCAACAACAUGCUGAGCCACAGUGGCCUGGUCCGCAGGGACAAGAAGAGCAAGAAGAAGAAGCUGACAAAGGCGGACAUCGGCACGCCCAGCAACUUCCAGCACAUCGGCCAUGUGGGCUGGGAUCCAAAUACAGGCUUUGAUCUGAACAACCUGGACCCAGAGCUGAAGAACCUGUUUGACAUGUGUGGGAUCUCCGAGGCUCAGUUGAAGGACAGAGAGACAUCCAAGGUCAUCUACGAUUUCAUCGAGAAGAAAGGGGGGGUGGAGGCUGUCAAGAACGAGCUCAGGAGGCAGGCUCCGCCUCCUCCUCCCUCUCGAAGUGGCGGCCCUCCUCCCCCUCCACCUCCACACAGCACAGCCCCACCCCCCCCAUUCAGAGGGAGCAGAGGAGCCCCCCCUCCACCUCCUCCAUCCAGAGCUCCUGUUUCAGCCCCUCCUCCUCCUCCCCCCUCCAGACCAGGAGCUCUUGGUGUCCCUCCUCCUCCCCCCUCUAGGGGGGGCCAUCAGCCUCCUCCCCCUCCUCACCAUCAUCACCAGCAGCCUCCCCCCCCUCCUCCCCAUCCUGCAUCUUCCAUCGCCCCUCAAGCUCCCCCCCUCCCCUCACCCGUUCUUCCUCAACCAUCCCCUGCCAGCUCUGCACCUGCUCCACCCCCUCCACCCCCUCCACCCCCCCCUCCAGGCCCUCCACCCCCACCAGAGCUGGACAGUGUCGGCAUUAGUCGGGACUCUCCCAGCCCAGGUGGGAAGUCAGUGCUCCUGGAGCAGAUCAGGGGAGGGGCCCAGCUGAAGAAGGUGGAGCAGAACCAGCGGGCUCCGGCCUCCAGCACUGGCCGGGACGCGCUGCUGGACCAGAUCCGACAGGGGAUCCAGCUUAAGACUGUAUCAGAUCUUCCAGAAUCGGGUCCCCCAACUCCGGCUCCAACUGCAGGGAUUGUUGGGGCCCUCAUGGAGGUUAUGCAAAAGAGGAGCAAAGCUAUCCAUUCCUCUGAUGACGAUGAGGAUGAAGAUGAAGAUGAUGACUUUGAGGAUGAUGAAGAGUGGGAUGACUAGUGAAGAUGCCCACCACCCACCUCUCCCAGCCGACCACUAACACUAAAACUCUUCCAGAACCCCACUACACCAUGUAAUGUAAAUGUUGUUUGAGUUUCCAGUAUAUUUAUUUUUGCUUUUGAAAAAUUAUAAUUCCAGUUAAUCUGUGCAAUACCUCAUCAGUGAAGCUGUUCUGUUCAUCACACACCGUAGUGGUAAAAGCUUCUCUCCUCCUCCUGCGUCAGUAGAAAGCACUUAAUGCACCGUUAGCUCAGAGCGCAGCCUCGACCCGCGCUCCAGAAGGAAACGCUGCAGUGAAGACCUGAAGGUGGGCGGAGCUUCCUGGGAAGUCAUUCUGUUUCAGAAACUUUAAAUGGACAAUAUUCCAAGAAAUUUGGCAGGAAAAUGUUUGAGUGUAUUUCUCUGAAAUGCAUAAUUAACACUAUUUUCCCAUCAUAUUUGUCCACUAUUUAUUUCCUGUGUUUUCAUCUCCUAUUGAAGGCAUGACCAUGACCAAACCUUGUGUAUUUCUUUAACUUUCAUUUUUCACAUGAUUUAAAGGUUUUUUGUUUUUAUCUUGUUUUGCACAGUUUCUAAAAUAGUUUGUUGGGUUUUUUGUUUUGUGUAUUUGUAAUAGUAGCAUAAAUACAGUAGGAUACACUGACAUUAAUGUAACAAGACAAUGUUUGAGUUACAGACAUGCAUGUAUAGCUGAUAUAGCAGGACCUUUAUCUAGCUUUCUUUUCUUUUGCAACAUCCCAUUAUCCUGUCAGGAAGUUACACCAUCAUCAUAAGUUUUUAAUUUCAUUUAAAGGGAACAAGUAAAAAUAUUUGUCAUUUCCUCUCUCUUUUUUUUAAAGAAACUAUGAUUUUUAUGCAAUGCAACUGUAAAUGCCCUCCUAUUGCAAAUACUAGACAAAGCAAAUAAUAAUGAACCAAAUGUGGCAUUUUCAAGCAGCUUGUGGCUUUGGCGAUGCCUGUGAUCAUUUGUCUGCAAACAGUGUGAAGAAGUAACUGAUGCUUGUUUCUCUGUCUGUCCUUUAAGUUCUCAUUGUCCUCCAGGGACCUAAUGCUGCAUCAAGAAGCCAAGUUACUGACAUAAAGCCUGUGAAAAAGGUCGGGAGGGGCCGGGACGGGUGGGGUCAGUGAGAAUAAUAAAUUGUAUACCUGAAUAAAUGUUAUUUACAUAGGUGA